GUAAAUGCCCACCCAGCCCCUCCCGGCCCCGCUGCUGGGGAGUGGGAAAGCCUCGGCUCCCCGCGGAGGCCGAGACUCGCUCGUGCCCGGACCCUGGAGAACGCGUGCAGUGCACGCUCCGAAGCAAUGUCCACGGCCACAGCGCACCCAGCCCACCCGCAAAGGAGAUGAGGGACGAGACGAGCCGUGGCCCGCCAAGCAAGCUUCGAUGAAAGCAAAGCCACAACGGUUGAGCAUUGAAUGUUGAACGUUCCAUCCGUCUCGGCGUUUCUUCUUGUCUUGGACCUGUCUCCUCCGCGUCAGACACCUUUUUUAUAUGCCAAUGAACCCCUCCCGAGACCUGCAGCAUGGGAACCGGUAGCACCCCCUCAGAUCACGGCCGGGGCGACUCAGGGGCAGCACCACCGGCCGCCGGAGGCGGCGGAGGAGGGGGAGGAGGGCCUCUGGACCCGGCCAAUGCGGCCAUCAGUCGAGCAUGUGACCAGUGCCGGAUAAGGAAAAUACGAUGUGACAAAGAAUCACCAUGCUCGAACUGUCGCAUAGCCAACCGCGUCUGCAGUUCGACGGGGGCGGGACAGAAGCCCAGGGAGGCGAGGCAGAGGGUCUUGAUAUCUACGCAAUAUGAGCGCAAGAUCGACCAGAUCGAACAGCGCCUCGGCUCGAUAGAGAAGCUCCUCCGCGAGCUGAGCAACAACAGCGGCUUCAGGCGGCGCCCGUCAGACCUGCCACUCCACGAGGGCCCCCCGCCACUGGCCUCCUCGUCAUCAUCAUCCAACCUCAUGGAACCAGGCAGCAGCAGGGCAGCGGCGGCGGCGGGUGGCGGAAACAGCAAGUCCCCGCUGACACACCACCACCACCACCACCACAACGACGACAUGGAAGAUAUCUCAGGCGACGACCGCACCGGCGACGACGACGACGAGGACGAGGACGAGACCAGCACCCCCGGCGGCGGGUCGGCGGGCAACAACGAGCUCGACUCGUCGGCCUUCGAGGGCAACUCGUCGCUCACGGCGCACACGGUCUUCGCGUCCGAGUUCCUCGAGCACGCCGUCGAGCGCACCUCCCUGCGCGACAUGAACCCCAGCAUGGCGGCGGCGCUGACCUCGCUCAAGCAGAUCGUCGGGCUGAGCCGGCAGAAGAACGGGCAGCAGCAGCAGCAGCCGGUCGGCGGUGCAGCACAGCAGCAGCAGCACCAGCACCAGCAGCAGCAACAACCGGUGCGGCGCGGCUCGGCGGGGACGUCGUCCGGGGGCGGUGGUGCCAGCAGCAGCAGCAGCGACGUCCGGUUCGCGCACCAGCGCGCCCUGCCGCGGGGCGGGUUCCGCGAGCUCCCGAUGCCGCCCGUGCAGGCGGUGAUCCCCGUGCUGCGGGAGGUCAAGGAGACGCCGCCCGGGACGUUCACGCUGAUCAGCGUGUGCUGCUUCAUGGCGGUGGAGAACUUUGCCGAGGCGUGCCGGCGGGUGUACUUUGCGCUCGAGGACUUCAGCCACGCCAACUUCAUCAUCGUCAACAUGGGGCUGUACUACCUGUUCCAGGAGAAGGCCGUCGUGGCCGCGGGGCUCGGCGACGAGGCCGGGCGCGAGCGGUACUCGGGCUACUACCGCCUGUGCCGGGACAACCUGGAGACGGGGCUCGCGAACCUGCGCUUCUUCCUCGGCGCGUCCAUGGAGAACAUCGAGGCCCUGCUGCUGGGGGCCAGCUACGCCAUCGAGGUCAGCCGGCCCAGCCUCGCGUGGCAGCUCAACACCACGGCGGCGCAGCUGUGCCAGGACCUGGGGUACCACCGCGUGUCGGGGGGCACGGUCGAGGUGGGCAGCCCGGGCGGCAGCAAGAGCACGGGGCCGGCGGACAGCGCCGUGCUCAGCGACAAGAAGGCGAUCCUCUUCUGGUUCAGCUACAUGCUGGACAGGGGGCUGGCGCUGCGCCUGGGCCGCGCGCCCACCAUCCAGGACUUUGACGUGACGCUGCCGCGGGUCAUCGGGCAGGUCAACGCGCCCGACAUGUGGAAGGAGGUGCUGCGGCUGUGGAUCGCCCACGCCGACAUCCAGGGCCAGAUCUACGAGCGGCUGUACUCGCCCUCGAGCCUGGGCCACCCCGUCGGCCAGCGCGUCGAGGUCGCCAGGCGGCUCGCGGGCAGGCUCAAGGUCAUCGCCGACCAGGCGCUGCUGAUCCGGAGCUCCGAGAUGGGCAGGCUCAAGGCCGGCAGCGGCGGCGGCGGCGGCGGCGGCGGCGGGAGCUGGGCCGACGCGCGCAAGGCCACCGUCAUGGAGAUGGUCAUGAAGAGCGACCAGGUCUCGUUCCUGAGCAGCCUGACGCUCGUCUAUCGCGCCAUCCCCGCCGGCGCGGGCGGGCACGGGUUCUCGACCUUCACGCCCGAGUGUAUCGAGACGGCGAGGCUGGCCAUGCAGACGCACGAGGAGUGCAUGAAGCUGAUGGGGAGCAACCUGUGGGUGGCUGCUUCGUACAUACACUGGACAAUCCUCUACGCACCAUUCGUCCCCUUCAUCGUCAUAUUCUGCCACAUAAUAGAGACAUCCAACAUGGCAGACCUGCAGCGCCUGCGCGACUUCAUCGCGUCGCUCCAGCCGACGUGCGCCGUGUCCGAGGGCGUCGACAAGCUGCACCGCCUCUUCUCGGUUCUGCAGAACGUGGCCACGCUGUACGUCGAGGCCAAGACAAAGGCCAACUCGUCCGAGCCCCAGGACACCGACAUGGCGCCGAUCGGCAACGAGUUCGACGUCUACCUGUCCGCGCUGGGCUUCAUGCCCGUCGACGGCGACAUGUCCGCCGCGCAGGCGCAGGCGCAUGUCCACCAGGCCCAGGUCCAACAGGCCCAUGCCGCCGCUGCGGCCCACGCGGCGGCGGCGGCGGCGGCUGCGAGUGGCGCGCUGCCGACUUCGCCCGUGACCGCUGGGGCACCGUUUGGGGCAUCGCCGGUGAACCACGCGCUGGCCAUGAACCAGACGAGCCAGCUUGGCGACUGGUUCUCGGGGAAUCGGUACAUGAUGGGCUUGCUGGAGGAGGAUCUUUCGCAGUUCCAGCCAAAUGUCUGGCCGAAUUCGUAG